CCCCGCCCUCGCCCGCGGGGACAACCUAACGGCGCAGCUGAGCGCUCGUCCCGCCUCCGCGCUGGGGACGCGCCGCGCGUAUUGGCCGAGUGGCGCCGUCGGUCAUCGCCCCUUUGACGGAGGACAGGAGCGGACGGCGGGGGGGCUGCCCUGCCCGCCUUCGGGACUUGGCAGCAGGUUGGGUUGCGCGGCAGGGCGAGGGAGGAGGCGGCGGCGGCGGCGGCUUCGGCAGCAGCGGGGGAAGCGGCGAGGCGGAGCGGCCGAGAAGGAAGGCAGAGAAAAAGGCGAGCGGGGCAAGAGGGAAGCCAGGCCUCAGCCCCAGCCUCAUCUAAGGGAGCAAGAGCCCUGGGACUGCCAGGAGGCCCUUUUGCUGUCUGCUUCACAGGUGUGUUCCAAGGACGUUGGAAGAAAAGCAUUUCAGGGGCUGACGCAGAGCCCAUGGCAGACCAUGUCGACCACUAACAACAUCGCCCAGGCACGGAAGCUGGUGGAGCAGCUGCGGAUCGAGGCCGGGAUCGAGAGGAUAAAGGUCUCCAAAGCCUCCUCGGAGCUCAUGAAUUACUGCGAGCAGCAGGCCAGGAACGACCCUCUGCUGGUGGGCGUCCCAGCCUCUGAGAACCCCUUCAAGGAUAAGAAGCCCUGCACCAUCCUAUAGCCUGCUCCUGCCUGGUCUGUCUCUCGGCGGCAUUGGACACCCGAGGCGUGCCAGGGGCAGAGAGGGGCUCCAUCAGGGUGCAGACUGCACCAAGCCCAGGUCCGAUUCUGACCCCCAGGGGGAGCCCAAUCCCGGGAACAAAGGUGGCCAGGUGGAGGAGCACAGGGGGUGCUUGGGGGAGGCAGGCAUGCCCUUUUGGAAACCACCCUGAUGUCCCUCCGGUGGGCCGGGGUCAGCCUGGACGCCAAAGUUCCCCACUUUGGCCCUUGGCAGGUGAGACCAGAGGUGUGGCUCUGUGGGAGAUGGGCUCUCUGCACGUGCGUCUGCGCACUGCGCCCCUUUGCAAAUGACCCACCCUGCAGUCCUUGGUUCAAAAGCCUCACAGGAGCAGUGGGGAGAAGGCAGGAACCAUGACCUGGCCCCCGCCAUUCCCCAAGGCGGCUCCUGCCUUGGAAGUGCCACGGACCCCCUGCAGAAUCCCUGACAGGGCUGGGUGGGGGGCCAGGGGGUGCCUUCCUGUCCCCACGGAGGAGGAGAGUCUCCCUUCCUUGGGGAGCAGAUCCCCUCCUGUGCACCCCUCCUAACCUGAGCCCCUCGCCCAGCUAGGGCUGCGUCUCCCUGCAUGAGUCCCCCAUAAACAACUCCCUCGAAGGAGAGAGCGAAAGGCUCCUUCCUCGAUGUGGGGGGAGCAGAAAGUGGGCAUCUUCCUGCCCCCCACCUUGCAAGGGAGAAAGGAGGUUCUCUCCUUGGGGGAAGAGCGGAGGGGACUCUGCGGAGGACAGCCCUGCAGGAAGAGGCCGAAGGUGGCCUGUCUCAUGGGGAUGGGGGGCAGGCCAUGGGACCCCACAGCCCAGGCAACUGUUCCUGAAGGAAAGGAGGGAGGGGGAGAGAGAGAUUGGAAAAGCCCCGUCCCAAAGCCCCUUGCCCCUCGCUCUGCCCUGGCAUCCAGGCCCCAGAGGCAUCCCUACAGCUGUGUCAGGCCAAAAGGGGGGGGGUCCACCCAAGCCAGCAGGUUUGCUCUCGGAUGCCCCCAAGGGAAGGAGGCCUCAUUUGGCAGUCGGUCCCUUCUGUCCUUGGAAAAGAAAAAUGGAGGGGCCACAGUGGAAGGGAGGGGGCAGAAGGAGCUCUGCUUUGCUCCUUUCCCUCCUGGGGUUUUUGGGGAGUGGGGUUGACACGCCCCCCCCCAUGACCGUGGCGUUGGUGUGUCCUCUGCAGAGUGUCUCCCGCAGAAGGAGGCUCGGCGGAAAGGGACACCCCCCAAAGCCCCCCCAACCCUGUGGCGUCUGCGUUCUCCACCUUGUCACACAUUGAGCCAGAUUGGGGGGGAUCCAAAGGGGUGCCCCUGCUGCUCUGUCCCAUUCCUUCCUUCCCUUCCUCGCCAGGGGGGUGGUCUUGCUGUGACUCAAGCACCCCCCCACCCCCAGAUUUUUUCAGCCUUCCCUGGGCAUUUCUUCCUCCUCCUGCUGGGCUGCUGACCCCUGAGAGUUGAACCCAGCCAUUUCCCCUUCGCUUUCUACCCCAGCGCUCUCAAGCCCGGACCCUCUCUGGACCUUUUUGGGGGGGCGGUCCCCAGAGCAAGACAUAGGCGCAUGCACACCAGAAAAGCAGCAAAUGUGGCCCCUUUCUGCUGUCCUUUGGGCCUGGGGGAGUCUUGUUCUUUUCUCUGGCUCCACCCUCAAGUGGCCUUCCUCCUGGUGAGGUCCUGCAGCCCCCCCAAAAAAAAUCACCUUCUCUUUGCUGCCUCUCUCUGCCCACCCCACAGCCAACCAGCAUCACAAACCUGGAUCAAGGCCUAGGGCAGAGUGGGAGCUCCCCCACAUACCCACAUGGUUGGAGCAGGAGGGGUCCUGGGGGGCCAGACCCUGAGAGCAGGAUGGGGAGUGAGGGAGGGGUGUGGUUCACCUACAGAGUGAGGGGCAGGCUGUGCCACAGCUAUGGUGGCUCAAGGGCGAGGGGGCACCCCUGCCAUAUCCAAUGGCCCCAUCCUGCCAGGGUCCCUAGGAGGAGCUGCUUCCCAUGGAGGAGGCAGGGGGGUUGGGGCUCCCCACUUCUGACCUCUGUGGGGAGGGGGAGCCCUCUGCGUUUGGGGGGAGGCAAUGGGAGUCCAGAAGGACACCCCCCUUUAAUAGUAAAAGAAAUCUUCUUGUGGGUGGCUGUGACUCGUGGUUGCUUUUUCCUGGCUGCAUCCCAGUGCAGACGGGCGCUGCUGCUUGUAGCUGUCUGCAUCUCUUUGGCGAGGGGGGGCUUGCUCCUCCUAGGGGGUCCGCACAGUCCUAGGGGAGCACCGGCCCUCCCUUCCCAGCCCUUGCCCAAAACUGGGAGGGAGCAAGAGAGGGGAGCCCCAGAAAAAGCCAUGGCAGGUGCGCCAACCCUCCUCUCCCCUGGGGGGCACUUUAACCCCUUGCUUGCCAGCCAGAGAAUGUCUGCUCCCUGCCCCUCUCCACCUGCUUGCCCAGGGCCAUUGCUGCACCAAAGAGGGGGUUUGGGCAGCUGGGCUGGGGGGCAAGAGAGAGAUGCCCCAGGGCCGCCUCCUCCUCGGCAACCCCCUCCCUGCCCCUCGCUUGCAAGCUCUUCCUUCUGCGCUGCUCCAGUUGAAGGGGGAGGGGGCACGGCUGUCCUGUCCCAGCACCCCACUCCGAAGCAGGGGGACCCCCCCUAAAAACCCACAUCUCUUCUCCGGAGAUCCAGGCCUUACGUCCCCCUGACUCUCCAAAGGUGCCAAUUUGCCCCUUCUCUCUUUUUGCCAAACUGAUGAAAUAAGUACUUUCCGAGGUUCUCUUUUUAAUUUAACAAGCUUAAAAUGCAUUGAUUUCAGAGGUGGUUUUUCUUUUUUGAGAAGAAAAAAGAUUGCCUGCCACACAGGUGUUUUGUGCUUUUGAAUUCUUUCUCCAAUUCCUUGUUCUUAUUUGCCAAAUCCUGAUAUUGUUGCCAAAAGCAAAUCGAGAUUUGUAAAGAUUGUAUUUUUAGGGAAGUGAAAACCCGUGUCCAUAACGUAGGCUUGAUCAUCUCUCUCCUCCUUGGUUUCCUUUCUCUUUUUGCCAAGCCCUUCAUCGUUCUUUUCUUCCCGUGUGCCAUAGACCAGUUUCUUUCCUCGCACAGUGUUUAAUAUUUUGUGGAAUUGCUGUUUAAAACAAUAAGGAUAUUGAUCACACAACGAAUUAAAAACUCACUUUUGCUGGAG